CCUAUGGGGGUGUGCUUUAGAACAAAUCAGCUGGAGAAACAAAAACACAGACGGGUGUCUCAUAGGUGACAUAGUUAGAACUAGCGAUGGUUAAUAUUUCACCAAAUAACCCCAGUUUUAGGUAAAAGUUCAGAGUUAGUACUUUAGCUAGAUGCAAAGGAGUUAGUGAGCGGCCUGGAAUCAAUUGCAAGAGAACAGCGAGAAGAAGGAAGAUGCUAUCUUUGUGACAGCGCUGAGUUUUUGGGCAACAUUCACAGUAACGUUGGUUCUCUCAAGGCUCUUGAGUUAGUUAGUCUUGAGUUAGUCUUCUUGCCUCCACUCGUCUCCUGUGCUCGGUCGAACUUGGCGCGGAGUGGCAUGUGGGUCAAUACCGGAACAGUCGGAAGGAGUUUGGCUGGAGCUGCUCGUUACUGGUCAGUGCGGACUCGGGCUUCUAGCCUUGGCCAAGCUUUUCUGUUGGUGAUUGAUUUAGGAGCUACCCUGGCCGUUGUCUUGGCCAAAAGCUGUUCAGUAUUGUUCCGUUUGUACCUGAAUACUUCACUCAAAGACAUGCUCUGGAACUUUGGUGACUAGGCCCUCUCCAUGGAUAUAGACACAGACUAUGAGCGGCCCAACGUGGAAACCAUUAAAUGUGUUGUGGUAGGGGACAAUGCGGUGGGCAAGACUAGGCUCAUCUGUGCCCGCGCCUGCAAUGCCACCCUCACACAGUACCAGCUGCUCGCCACCCACGUGCCAACUGUCUGGGCCAUUGACCAGUACCGCGUGUGCCAGGAGGUGUUGGAGAGAUCACGGGAUGUUGUGGAUGAGGUCAGUGUGUCCCUGAGACUAUGGGACACCUUCGGUGACCAUCACAAAGACAGACGCUUCGCGUACGGCAGGUCUGACGUGGUGGUGCUGUGUUUCUCCCUGGCCAACCCCAACUCCCUGCGCCACGUCCGCACCAUGUGGUACCCUGAGAUUAAGCACUUCUGCCCCCGCACCCCUAUCAUCCUGGUGGGCUGCCAGCUGGACCUGCGCUAUGCCGACCUGGAGGCUGUCAACCGCGCCCGCAGACCCCUAGCCAAACCCAUCAAGCCUACAGACAUCCUACCUCCAGAGAGAGGCCACGAGGUGGCAAAGGAGCUGGGCAUUCCCUACUUUGAGACCAGCAUCGUGGCCCAGUUUGGGGUAAAGGAUGUGUUCGACAAUGCUAUCCGUUCUGCCCUUAUCUCCCGCCGCCACCUCCAGUUCUGGAAGUCCCACCUGAAGAGAGUCCAGCGGCCCCUCCUCCAGGCCCCGUUCCUGCCCCCCCGUCCCCCUCGCCCUGUGGUUGGCAUCCCCGACCCCCCUCCCAUCGAUGGAGAGGCCCCUGAUUCCCUCUUCUGCCAGUCGCUGUGUGCCGACGUCCUCUUCCUCCUCCAGGGCGGUGCCACGCGCGUCUUCGCACACAAAGUCUACCUGGCCACAUCCUGCUCCAAGUUCUAUGACCUCUUCACCCUGGACCUGCUGGCUACUGAGUCAGAUUGGGAGGGAGAGGAGCGAGCUGAGAGCGGGGAGGAGGACGAGCAGAGCAGGAGAGGGGCCAAAGAGCAGGCGGGGCGCACAAAGAGCUUGGACAUCGAUAAGGAGGGGGAGGGGGGCGCCAGGGGACUCAAACGGCCACCCAUGCUCCAGCAGGGCUCCCUGAGGACUUCCAAAAGUGAUAACGCCCUCCCCGCCAGGAGCCAGUGCCCUCUGGGGCCCCUGGGAGCCGGCCGUGGCCUCUCGGGAUGGGGGAGGGGCUUCCUGAGUGUGUACCUGGAGCACAUAGCUGACCCUGAGACGGGGCGACUUCGCCUCAUGACUGUGGUCUCCAUGGACGGCCUCAUACAGGAAGAACCCUUCCAGGCGGUGCUGCAGUACCUGUACACAGGCAGUCUGGACGAGAGCCGAGGGGGCCUGAUGCAGGUGGCCACCAUCGCCGAGCUGCUAGAGGUGUUUGACCUGAGGAUGAUGGUGGCCAACGUGCUGAACCGUGAAAGCUUCAUGAACCAGGAGAUCACCAAGGCCUUCCAUGUCCGCCGAGCCAACCGCAUCAAAGAGUGCCUCAGCAAGGGUACCUUCGCCGAUGUGGUGUUCCACCUGGACGAUGGAUACCUGCCGGCCCACAAGCCCCUGCUCAUCUCCAGCUGCGACUGGAUGGCGGCCAUGUUCCGGGGAUCCUUCAUGGAGAGCUACAUCGAGGAGGUGUCCAUCCCUGACACCAGUAGCUCCUGUAUGCGUGCAGUGUUGGAGUUCAUGUACUGUGGGCUGCUUUCGCCCUGUCCUGACCUGGAGCCUAUUGAGCUUAUCGUCCUAUCCAACCGGCUGUGUCUGCCACGCCUUGUUGCCCUCACAGAGCAGCAUGCUGUGAAUGAGCUGCUCCAGUGGGCGAUGAAGGGAGUGGACAUCGACGGACAGGUGCUGGCUUACCUGGAGUUGGCUCAGUUCCACAAUGCCAAGCAGCUGUCUGCCUGGUGUCUCCAUCACAUCUGCACCAACUACAACAGCGUAUGUCGCAAGUUCCCUAAAGACAUGAAGGUCAUGUCUCCAGAGAACCAGAGGCACUUUGAGAAGCAGCGGUGGCCUCCGGUGUGGUUCCUGAAGGAGGAGGACCGCUACCUGCGCUCUCAGAAGGAGCGCGAGCGCGAGGAGGAGAUCCUACGCAAGCUGCGCACCAAGAGAGGCUGGUGCUUCUCGAGAAACCCGUCCUCCUCGCCCCAUGUCUCCUGAGGCUGUCACCCCUCCAUGACCCCUCCUGCUUCUGACCUCUCACCCCAGACUGAGGGAGCCAGCUAUGAGUCUACCACCUCUCCAUGACGUGAGAGCCAAGUCUCCCUUCUGUACGAUUGUGUAUGGGGGGGGGGGCUCAGUGACCAGUCCAGUUCUCUGUGCCCAAGAUGGUCUCACCUAGCUGGGCCUCAGUGACCAGUCCAGUCCUGCCUCCUCCCCCUGAGAUCCACCCACCAGCCUGGGGGUGACGAGACUGGGAACAAAAGGGCUCUCUCUCUCUCUGCCCCUCAGUCACACAGAAGCUAAAGACCAUUCCACAGACCACUGCUAAGACUCCCCUAUGGGGAGGUUACCUCUGCCUUCACGUCUAUUAGACUGUUAGCACACUGGACAAGACCAGAAGCCAGGGGGCGCCAGCUCUGCUUCAACACACAUGGAAGGAUGCUUUGUUUGUUUUUAUUUCGCUUAGGGAUUUUAAAUUAGAGUAGAGCCCAUCCCAGAGUUGGGUGUUUUGCCUCAGUCUCUCUGACCACCACCUAUGCCUGUCUGACUUCUCUUCCACAGACUUUGUCAUCCACUUUGGACAGGUUUUACACCAUUUUGUUUUCUCCCGGGUUUCAUACCAGUGAAGCUCCGUGUUGGAGGUUCUGUUCUAGAAUCAGCUGUGCAAGGGAGGGGCAGUAGAGGUGGUUAGUCUGGGUUGAGGUACCUGCUCAAGCAAAGGUGGUGGUUUGUGAUUCAAGCACCCAUCGUGAUCCCCCACAUAACACCAAGAGGAGAGGCCAACGGUGCUGAACAAAUCCCCCUCAAUGACAUUCAAAGUGAACACUUGAUAGCAUUUCUGGAUCAGAGGACUAUUUUAUACCACUGCCAUGGGAGGGAGUAAGAAGCCGAACUGAACAGAUUUCUUCUUGCUCUGUCUUAAUUGACCACUAGGGUGCCCCUCAGCCAGCCUGCCUUAACUCCCCCGUACCACAGGGGGCAGCACUGCUCAGGGUUCCAUCAUCAACCCUCACCGGGAGCAAACUGCCUGCAUAUAUCCUUAAUUCUAGUGUCUUUUAACUUUAUUUUAUUACAGCUGUAUUUGAAAGUCAACUGUAGUCUUUUGUCCUCACUGAGUGUUGAAAGCACAUGUAUUAUACCAAAAAAAUGAGGCUGUGACAUGUUCCCUCCCUCCUGUCUCCUUGCCUUCCUCUCCUUGCCUCCUCCAUAACAUGGCAAAUGUGGGGAGGAAGGGAAUAAGGAAUAGAGGAAGAUAAACUUUUUGAUCCCCCCCCUCUCAGUAUGUUUUUAUAAAGCUGCAAUGUCAGGUAAAACCCAGGUGCCACUGCAGGACUUCCACUCCUUUAGCUGGAAUUGAAAAUGGCGCUCAGGAUGUCCACUAAAAAAGACCGUAUGUUUAUGACACACACACACUUAAACAUACAUACAUACACACUCACAUUUACACUUGUACCUGUCUUUUCGGUCCACUAUUUUGGGGGGUUUAUGUCUGCUCAGCCCUUCAUCAGUGUUAAUAUACGGAAACCUUUCAAUCUACCCAUAUAGUGUUACAUUCAGAUGUGCUGCACUAGGAUUAUUUUUUUCUUAUUAAAAGGUGUCUAAUAGACAUUAAUGUUAGUGAAUAUUUUCAUAGUAUUAUGAAUUUCAGUCUUUUCAGUAUGAGCAGAGCUACGCUUUGAAGUUGAAUCUUUCCAUUUAUUUCACGACAUUCUGUCGUUUUCAAUGCCGCGCUAGACCAAAUAUUUCACUUGCUUUUUUUGAUUUCUUGCGCUGCAGAGUGCAGUUCUGUUUUCGUUGUGAGGGAGUGUGCCGCUUCAAUCAUUUUGUUAACAAAGGGAAUGUGUAGUACUGUCUUUUAGUUGAGUGCUAUGGAGUUGGAUUUUGGGCUGCCGAGAACAUCUUAAUAACCCACGGCACCGUCAAGAUCUUAAUGAAUGCAAGACAUUGUAUUACAACAGGCAAGUUGGAAGAAGAAGAAACCAAUAACUAACAAAGCAUUAUUACUGUAUUUGAAUUGCCUUCUUUUUGCACAAAAGUGGUAGUUAUGUGGGAAAAAAGAAGACUUUGUAACAUGUUUCUCUUUACCACCUUCGUUCUAUUUGUGGGUUUGAGAUUUCCACCCCGCCUUUACCCAGGUGACUGUGGGAGAUAGAUGGAUGGCGUGAAACGUGUAUUUUUUUAUUUUUAGCUUUUCUUCACAGGAUGCGUGUUCUAGUCAUCAACAGCUACUGAAAUAGCUAUGCGAUAGGAUCUCACGAGACCCAAGUGAGAAUUGGGCUGAUUUUUACCCCCCCCAAAAAAACUGCAAACCUGCAUAUUUGGAAUUGGAACACUGAAAUAGUCCUUGCGCCCCUAUUUCGGACUAGGAUAUUGGAACAUUAAUCUGGAGUUGACAUAGGAACAUAGAGCUAUUUGACUUCCAUGUCCCCUUUCAGUGCCCCAAGGAUGAGCUAUUAAAGUUGUCUUACUAAUGGUAGACAUGCCCUACAAAGCCUUCCCUCAUGGAAGUGUACAUCCACUAUUAGGAAUCGGAGUAUACUCAAAAUGUACAGUGUAAGGUAGUGGUAUACAGUUGCAGACAGGUUCUACAAAGGAUAAUAGUAGAGCUGAUUGAUUCAGUCUAUGUUUAAUGCUUACACACCCAGUCUCACCCACUCAACCAGGCCAGAGAGGCAGGCCUCUCCCUCGCCUUCCUCCCACGUCUGAGUCUACCCUCUGGGGAUGCAGACCCCAGCGCUACUCCCGGAGAGUUUCUGGGUCUUCGGGUGGUCAGUGGAAACACAGGCCUUAAGUUAGUAGGUGAAGGGGCUGUUAGUAUUGUAUGUUCUCUUAGUCUGUUUCGGUUUGGGAAACUGAUUUAGUCUGCCACUAAAAACUAGCCGAUUACCCUCUGGAAUGCCCUAGAAAUCAAGGUUUAGACACCUGUGAUCUAGGGGAUGCGAACGCUUACUAUGAGAAUACUGGUUGCCUUGUGUGAAUGCUGUUCAACACUUGUGGGAUGUGGUUAUUAUUUUUGCAUCAUGGCCUAAUUUUGGUUUUGUAAAUGCACUUUUCUCAGUUUUUCAGUAUCGGGUUGCACUUUCCUUCCUUUUGUGGUCUUUUUAGCUCUGACUGUUUUGUGCUUGGCAUGGACAAUUCUUUAACGGGUUGUUUUAAAAAUGUGAUAUUUUGUAGCAUGGGACCUUCCUUUCUCCCUUCAACUGUCCAUGUGGCUUUCUAGGGCUUCUACUGAGUGUGUAUCUAUCUCGUCAUGCUCACAUACAAAGGCAACCCGGGCUCAGCUGUAGUAUCGUAGUAUUAGUGACUGAAAUGAAAGCCUCUGUCCAUUAUGUGUGAAGCCUCUCAAGUCAGUCAUACUAUUGUAAUUGUAUAUAAUAUUAUCCUCAAAAGUUCAGUUGGCUUGAGUACAGCCGAAAUGUAACAUCAUUGGGGAUCUCAUCAUGACAUUGAGGGUACACAGGAAUGUGUGUGCAUGUCAGUAACUAAUGACAAUGGUUAUUGAUGUUAGCAAGAUGUGUUGCUUCUUGUACAGUGUUAAAAGCAGUAUUUUACCAGGUGUGGGACCAUGGUUUCCCCAGGAUUUGACAUCUCGGGUGCUGGUACAGUACGUAGGUUGUGCUCACGUUCUAACGCUAUAUGAAUUCAUACACCUUGGGAAUGUCCUAUUUAUACAUCGGGCAGCCUUGGGAGCUACAGUGAGAGGAAUGUUUUGAUUGGGCUGAAAUGCAUGUAUACACAGGGAAACAAAUUACGAAGUGGAUCUUUGGCUUUGAACAGCCGUCAAUAGUUGACCCACAUUGCCCUCUAUUGGCCCAUUUCUGUACCUGUCAUUUGAAAAGUCACAUUAAGUCCAUACUCUUUUGAUGUCACUUUCACAUCACCUUAAUUUGCAUCAGCUCAAGAGUGUAGUAUUGUCCAAAGAAAACAUGAGUAUUGCUGAGAAUUUGAAGAAUAUUUUCGACCAUGCCGCUUAUUGACAGAGAACCCCUUGUUGUUUGUUUGCCCCUGGUCUGGCGUCUCCUGUGCCUUUUGAGAUGACCUCAUGCUGGCGCCCUCUUGUCGAGCCUCUAGCGGUCAAACAGGGAUAUGGUUCCGAUCAUUUUUUCCACCAUUAAAUUUUCUCUUAGUGAAUUUUAGAAACACUUAAAAUAAAUUGUAUCACUAUAUUUAGCUCUAUUUACUUUCAGAUUUGAACAUUCUAAUUAGCAUCAAAGUAGACAUCAUGAAAGACUACAAAUCCCUGCAAGCUCAUGCACGUCAUCUGUAACUGACACCUUUGCUAACUGGUUUUGUCUCAAUUUAAAACAUGCACAAAACAGUUUACAUAAUUGUCAAUUUAUAUAAAUGUUGACGCUUUUCAUUACUACAUUUAGCUAACAUUAGAUAGUUAAUCCAGAUAUUCUUACCUUUGCCUCGAUUUGGCAGUCUCGCCCAGAUCAUCAAAGCAUUUGUAGUUCUUUAUGAUAGCCACAUUAGCAUUUCAUUUUUUUUUUUGGGGGAUAAAUACAGGCAAAUAUUUUGAUAAAAGUCACCUUGUCCUAGAGAGAUUUACACGAAACAGCCCAUAUCUGAGGUGUUUCUAAAAUCUCCUAUGGUAAAAAUGAAUGGUGGAAAAACGAUUAUGAAUCGUACCAUGGUACUCUAUAGGCUUACUGUACAUAUGAGGAGGGGCCUCUAAACCAAUGCCUUCUGGGUUCAGGUUGGCACCCACCAUGCAGGCUAAAAACACAUGUGCACACACAUUGGACCAGGCGGGUUUCCUCCUUGUCUCUUAGUGCCUGUGGAUUGACCAAUGAUUCCGCCAUCCUAUGCUGUGUACCAAAGGGGCUAUGUUGUUGAGGCCUACAGUAGUCUACAGUAGCUGUGGGGUACACAGUGCAUAAGGCCCCUGACUUGGAGCCCCUGACAAGUCACACAUUUUUUAGAGUUUUAAUAGUUCCAAUUAGCACAUGAAUGCGUCAUUCGCCCAGGACGGAGAGAGCUGGGAGGGACAGAAGCCUUGGUAGGUUGUAGGUGUAUCUCUGCUCUGUGACAUUUUCAGUGUGACUUAUACAUAGUAUUAAUAUGCACUUUUGUUUCCCUCUUCUCAUUUCAAAUGAAUAUUGGUCUUAACUGCUUGUGUUCAUAUGUUUCUGAAACUGAAAAAGCACACAGACACACACAACACACAACGUACAUACCAUAUUAAGGGCUUUUUUAAAAGACAACAAUCAGAAUGUUUUGCUGCUUUUGCAAAAAUGUUUUGAAUAAUCCUUUGUAAUAUUUUUUUUAACCACUGAUUUGUAAAAAGGAAAAGAAAAAGGAAACAAAAUAUACUUUUUUUGCCGUUUCAGUAUUUUAAUGUUUCACCUGGCUUUUAAUUAAACCCUAAGUAAAUAUUA